AUGGACGAUACUUCCUUUGACAUAUAUCUGGACGAGGUCGGAGAUGAGGGUAGUGGUUAUCAUAUUCGCAAUGAUCCUAAUCCAUCACGACGAUAUCAGCGAGAAACUGUUACUGAACGGCGUGGAGCUGUCGCUAUCCGCUGUAAGUCUCGAGAAGUUAUCCACGGAUUCCUCGACCCCGAAUCUAACGAGUUCGCUACGUUACUUGUUUAUGACUUCAGUUUCAACGCCGUGAAACCUGGGCGUCGCAUAACAGCUGCGACAAUCUCCUUGAAUUUUGGUAACUCAGUGCAAGAAGUUUCCCCGAGAAUUCACAACCUUUCCCCAUUUGGCCAUUUUGCUAUGUUACGGACGACUCAGCAACAGUCAACAACUCGUGGCAGUGAAAUUAAUGCAGGUAUUCAGUUCGGAGGGGAGUUAGGCGGCGCUCUGAAAUGGGAAAAGACAAUUUCCCUCGACAUGAGUAAUGCAACAACUUUGAAUGGGUCUACAGAAUGCGACGAUUUUGGCAACGAGAUCGGAGUUAGCUGGAUCUUACACGAGAACAGAUCAACGAAGACGGGAAUCCCGUCAUUCCUUCGAACAGCUAUACUUAUAAAGAGAGAAGAUAAUAACGAAUUCCAAUGUACCGCGAAAAUAAAUAUAGAGACGGAUUGGAAAACUGAACUGGAGAAUUUCUUUGGUUCAAGAAGCAGCGAUGACCCUAUCCUCUUCGAUCCCGAGAAGAAGCCGACAAACAACCUAAACAAGUCUGGAUAUCCUAUAGAGAAUCUUGCAUCAGUUGAUCUAAGAAAGCUAUCAGAUGUUGUAUUUCAUCAUUUACUAGAUGGUGUGAUCAAGAAGGGGCGUAUGAAAUAA